GUGAAUUUCUCUUCCAACUCUUCUCAUACACUCUGCAACACUGCCGAGUUAAUCCCAGACACCUCCCAUGCUGAUCCCGGGUCGACCACCUUUUUGUUGAGAGAUGAUGGAUGGAUGGUUGGACCAAAUGAUCGGCUCUUAUUCUGGGUACCACCCGCUUCCAGACCGGCAUUUUAUAGUCCUUGGAAUGCCUUGGUCAUACCGGGAAAUGUUGAGCUUGAUUUGAGCCGCAUGGCACAUGGAUCACGCUGGCAGGAUUGCAAAAGUCCCACUCGGAGAACUACGAAGGAGCGACUACUUUCCCUCGAUUCGCUGGCUAGGGGAGACUAUGUCUGACAUGACUGUACAUCUUAUUCCAAUGAUUGACGUGUGGAGAUGCGGGAUACAAUAUGAUAUUGAAUAUGAAGUGGAAUUCGUUGACUAUUCUAAUUGCCUAUCUAUGAUCGAGACGGUGC